GCCUCACACACCUCAUCGCCCACCACACCAACAACACCACCAGAAGUCGACAUUCCACUUCCCGAAACACCUGCACAGACUCCGCAAUCGCCGUUUCCUGUCGUCGAGGAAGUACAGCACACCCAAGCGCAAGCUGGUAUCUUGCCGCGCAUCAUCGAACCGGAGACAGAAGAGCACGAGCAAGGGGAAGCUUCAGAUACAGACCACAACGCCGCCAAGAUGAGCAAAAAGGGCGAAAAGAAGCAGCAGGAUGAUGGCGAGGACCAGAAGGGCUCCAUCUUCUCCGUGUCUGGUCCCGUCAUUGUGGCCCAGAACAUGAUCGGUGUGGCCAUGUACGAGCUUGUCAAAGUUGGCUUCGAUCAGCUCGUAGGAGAAGUCAUUCGUAUCGACGCGGAUAAAGCCACAAUUCAGGUUUACGAAGAGACUGCUGGCGUGACUGUCGGCGACCCAGUUGUUCGCACUGGGAAGCCUUUGUCCGUUGAGCUGGGACCUGGUCUCAUGGAAACCAUCUAUGACGGAAUUCAGCGGCCUCUCAAGGCCAUCAGCGACAAGUCCAACAGCAUCUAUAUUCCAAGAGGUAUCGAUGUGCCUGCACUGGAUCGUACAAGGAAGUGGGAAUUCACACCAGCGGACAAGUUCAAGGUCGGAGACCACAUCACUGGUGGCGAUGUCUUUGGCACUGUCAAGGAGAACACCUUGCUUUCGGACCACAAGAUCAUGCUCCCGCCUCGUGCACGCGGCAAGAUCACCAAGUACCCCAAGAAGGGCGAGUACACCGUGGACGAGAAGAUUCUGGAAGUUGAAUUUGAGGGUCAGAAGUUCGAAUACAGCAUGAUGCACCCAUGGCCAGUCCGUGUGCCACGUCCAUCAACAGAUAAGUUGAGCUCUGGCGAUCCGCUCAUUGUCGGACAGCGCGUGCUUGAUGCCCUCUUCCCUAGUGUGCAAGGUGGCACUGUCUGCAUUCCUGGCGCUUUCGGCUGUGGCAAGACUGUCAUCUCGCAGUCCCUAUCUAAGUUUUCGAACAGUGACUUGAUCGUCUACGUAGGAUGUGGGGAAAGGGGCAAUGAAAUGGCCGAAGUGUUGAUGGAUUUCCCAGAGCUUACCAUCGAGUUCCAAGGUCGCCAAGAGCCCAUCAUGAAGCGUACUUGCCUGAUCGCCAACACCUCCAACAUGCCCGUCGCCGCUCGUGAAGCCUCCAUCUACACUGGUAUCACGAUUUCGGAAUAUUUCAGGGACAUGGGUAAGAAUGUUGCUAUGAUGGCUGACUCUUCCUCUCGAUGGGCUGAGGCUCUUCGUGAGAUUUCUGGUCGUCUCGGAGAGAUGCCUGCUGAUCAGGGUUUCCCGGCUUACCUUGGAGCGAAGCUCGCGUCUUUCUACGAACGUGCUGGAAAAGUUGUCUCGCUUGGCUCGCCAGAUCGCCAAGGUUCCAUCUCUAUCGUCGGCGCCGUUUCGCCGCCUGGAGGUGACUUCUCGGAUCCUGUGACGACGUCUACACUCGGUAUCGUGCAGGUCUUCUGGGGUCUCGACAAGAAGCUUGCGCAACGCAAGCAUUUCCCUUCGGUCAAUACAGCGCUGUCAUACUCUAAGUACACCAAGACGCUGGAGAAGUACUACGCAGAACAUGCACCCGAGUUUCCGCGUUACCGCGAGCGCAUUCGAGAGCUACUUUCACAAUCUGAGGAGCUCGAUCAAGUUGUGCAGCUUGUCGGCAAGUCGGCACUUGGAGAUGGCGACAAGAUUACUCUCGACGUAGCGACUUUGAUCAAAGAGGACUUUUUGCAACAGAAUGGUUACUCCGAUUACGAUCAAUUUUGCCCACUCUGGAAGACGGCUUGGAUGAUGAAGGCCAUGAUGACAUUCCACGAUGAAGCACAGAAGGCCAUUUCGCAAGGCUACAACUGGUCCAAGGUUCGUGAGAGCACCGCAGACGUGCAGAGCGAGCUUCGAAACAUGAAAUUUGAAGUGCCAACCGAAGGCGAAGAGAAUAUCACCAAGAAGUACGAGGAGUUGUUGCAGAGGAUGAAUGAGAAGUUUGCAGCGGUUGUUGAUGAGUAGUUUAAGGAUGACGAUGUCGCAGAGCUGGAUAUCUUCAUGUGAGCUUGCCUUAUGUGUAGAUAACCCAAAUAUAGCGCGUCAACGGCGAUCCAGAACGCAACGGCGCAUUUAAACUCAAUUGCCGACUCG